UCAUUCUCUUCUAGCCUCCAAGGCAAUUCAGUACACAGAAAGAGGUUCUUCGACGAUCAAAAAUCAAGUUUUUGUGUCCAGAAUGUCUCCGAGGUUUCCCACGACCAGACACUCUAUACCGACAUCUCCAAGAGGUAGAUGAUGAGGCCCACGAAGGGUUUAGUUUGAGGAAAAAAGACUUCAAGCGAUUCUUCCCAUGCUAUCAAGAGUGCCUCGGUGCUUCAGUCCCAUCGAACUGUCUGCCCAAGCCGCCACAUUGCUUUGAAUCGCAGUUUGUCAUCGAACACUGGGCAAGGAUUUGUGUAACGGUGUCAGUCCGAUUUCCGACCAUGGUAUGUGGUUGGAAAGCUAGACCUGCUGGCGACUUGUAUAUAGUAACACAUCAAGAAGUUUUGCAAAAUUUUCGCACACGCCCUGUUCUUCUUGAUGAAUCAGUAAAGUCUGUCCCAAUUUACUUCGAUCGCCAAGCGCGUGGCCACAGUCACCGCCCACUGCAUAAAGCUGAUACAAGUUCGCCGUCUGGUAAGAACCCAAAUAUCCUUAGAAUCAGCCAUCGGCAACCGAUGAUGUAG